AGGGUUCUCAUUCAAAACGGUUGCCAGCUCUGUUCUAACCUGUAGCUCACAGUCAUUCUGCAAGAAUGGGGAAAGAUCAACAGGAAGAUAAUAAAACCAAACAAAAGACAAGUGAGUUUAGUCUAGUUCGGGUCAAAAGUACAUGGAAGUGCAAACUGGGAAAGAAGAUUAACAAGGACACAGCUGGUUGUGUCUCACCAGCAAAGAUUUAUGAGAGCAUCACAGAAAAGGGCACAACUUGGACAGUGGUCAGCCCCAUCACCUUCACCUAUAAGGUAACUGAGACUCAAGGCUUGCUGGACCCUAGCAACGACACCCUCCUGCUGGGCCACAUCACAGACCCACAGCAGCUGGAAGACAUAAAAAAGUCAAACAAACCAAUCAGACGAUUCCUGGUCGCUGACCAGGAAGUCUACAAAAUCUACGGUACCAAGAUAAUUGAAUACUUAGAGGUCAAUGACGUUGUGUACAAGAUCUUGGCUCUACCCACCACUGAGGAGAACAAAUCAAUGGAAAUGGCCCUGAAGAUCCUAGAAGAGGUCAACAACUUCUCCCUGGAUCGCCGUACAGAGCCCAUCAUUGCCAUCGGUGGAGGAGUGUGCCUGGACAUCGUGGGCCUGGCCGCCUCACUCUACAGGAGGCGCACCCCUUAUAUCAGGGUCCCAACCACGCUGCUGUCCUACAUCGACGCCAGCGUAGGCGCAAAGACAGGGGUUAACUUUGCAAACUGCAAGAACAAGCUGGGAGCCUACAUUCCACCUACUGCCGCUUUCCUCGAUCUGUCGUUCAUACAAACCGUUCCUCGACGGCACAUCUCCAACGGGCUGGCAGAAAUGUUAAAGAUGGCCUUGAUGAAGCACAGGGGCCUCUUCGAGCUUCUUGAGAAGCACGGCUGCAUGCUGUUGGACACUAAAUUCCAGGCAAACAACAGUGCAUACGGCUGCAGCAGCUUUAAGGCUGCAUCGCAGGCAACUCGUAUAGCCAUCACUACCAUGCUAGAGGAACUCGCCCCAAACCUUUGGGAGGACGACCUAAACAGACUUGUAGACUUUGGCCACCUUAUCAGUCCAGCGUUAGAAAUGAAAGUUCUCCCGUCUCUUCUGCAUGGUGAAGCAGUGAACAUCGAUAUGUCAUACAUGGUCUAUGUGUCCCAAGAGAGUGGCCUGUUGACUGAAGAAGAGAAGCAAAGGAUUAUCAGCUGCAUGGUGGGCCUGGAGCUUCCUGUCUGGCACGAGGCGUGUACCAUGGAGCUCAUACAGAAAUCUUUGCAGGACAGGCUGAAACAUUCUGGUGGUCUGGUCAGAAUGCCUCUACCUAUUGGUCUUGGGCAAGCAGAAAUUUUUAACAACACAUCAUACGAGAUCCUGCACAAAGCUUACAAAAAGUGGUGUGACGAGCUGAGCGUCUCCUCUGACAGCAGCGGUGACCAUUAAAGCUGCUCAUGCUACAACUGCAUCAUUCCUGUUUUUAAGAGAAUAUAUUUUCUAGUAGGGAAGUGUAUUUAGUAAUAUUUGCUCCAGUUUUGCAUUGUUUGUACUGACGGAUUUUUUUAAAAAUUGCAUGCAUCUACUGUAUUUUUUACAAUAACAACAAAGGCCAAAUGUGGGGUAGAAAUUUUCACACUGCAAUAGGCUAAUUCUUCAGUAACCUUAUAGAAAUAGCCUGAUGCUAACAGAGUUCUGUCUGGUAUGUGUUCUUACAAUCCUUACUCUGCAAACUGUAAGAGAAAAUUGUGCAAGUGCUGCCUGUACUGUCUUCAAAGGGUUGUAAAAUAGAUAUUAGAAAAUGAAAAUAUAUGUUUAUAUUUCCACUCUUGGUGAAUUUGUUUUUAAUUAUCACAUAAGUGCAGCACCAGCAAGCAAGUAAUGGAACAGACACCUUGCUAGUUGUGCUUGUUGCAUGUUAUGAUGGUCAAAUAUACCAAACAUGCUCAAUUAAAGAUUGUUUUUAAACAUA